AUGUACUUCACAACCAGCUCCGUCGCCCUCACCCUGGCCCUCGCCUCCUCGGCCCUCGCAGCCCCCUACAGCAGCCAGACAACCUCCGCUCCCGCUCCCACUUCCACUCUGUCCCUCACCCAGCAGCUCUUCCUCGCCGACACCGCCGCAGACCGCUUCAAGCUCCUCCCCGACGACAAGCAAUUCAUCUUCGACUUCAACCAACCCCAACAAAACCCCGGCAAAGGAGGCGAACUCGUCGCCGCCAACCGCAAGACCUUCCCCGCCCUAGUCGGCACCGGCGCGGGCAUGGCCGUAGGCCGCGUCGGCCCCUGCGGCAUGAACACCCUGCACGUCCACCCCCGCUCCUCCGAGCUCCAGAUUGUCGUCAAAGGCCGCCUCAUCACCGAAAUGACGCCCGAGAACGGUGUCGUCCUCGCCGCCGACGGAAAGACCCGCCGCGCCAUCCGCACCGAGCUGGGCCCCUUCCAGAUGACCCCCUUUUACCAGGGCUCUCUGCACACGCAGUUCAACCCGGACUGCGGCGACGCCGUGUUCGUGGCGAGCUUCGCUUCUGAGGAUUUCGGCACCGGACAAGUUGCGGAUAGCACCUUUGCCUUGACGGACGAUGUUAUCGCUGCUACGUUUGGGCAGAGCAUCGCUGGUGCGGAUAUCGAUCGCGUGCGCAAGGCUAUUCCUGCUAGCAUUGCGCUUGGGGUUGACGAGUGCUUGAAGAAGUGCAACAUCCAGAAGCGUGCUUUGUAA